GUAAAGAGGGUCAUUAUCAAGUUAUGCUGAAAAAAGUUGAACUGCCAGUUGUUAAUCAUGAUACUUGUCAAAACUAUCUGCGUUCUACAAGAUUAGGAAAGUAUUAUAUCCUUCAUACGAGCUUUAUGUGUGCUGGAGGAGAGGCAGGAAAAGAUACUUGCAAGGGAGACGGAGGAAGUCCACUGGUUUGUCCACUAGUUAAUGAU